CUGUCGUCUGUGGGCGAGAGCAGGGCGUGGGGUGAAUGAGGGUGCCGACUGUCUACUGCCAUCACACCCGGAGUCCCGGACCAUGACACGCCCUUCCUCGCCUCAGUUACUAACACAAAAUUGGCAAGUAUUGUACGACAAAUCACAGCAACAAUACUAGAUAAAGACAGUGGAGUUGCUGGACAAGAACGUCAACAACAUACAUAACAAGCCAUCAAAGAAGUCGUUCACCCUGGCCAUAAACAGGCUUAGAUCAUCACUUAAAAAUAUGUGGGGCAGAGUGAAGUAUCCUUUGGGUGUGCUCCUGCUGAUGGUGAGCAUCACCUCCGGGCUUGAGGAGAACACAUCCGGGCUUGAGGAGAACACAUCCGGGCUUGAGGAGAACACAUCCGGGCUUGAAGAGACCACCUCCAGGAUUGAGGAGACCACCUCCAGGAUUGAGGAGACCACCUCCAGGAUUGAGGAGGCCACCUUAGGGAUUGAGAAGAUCAAGCCAGGACACGCAGUGAUGACUUACGAUUUCCUGUACAAAGAGGGAGUCAGCGCCUACCUGGCCGAGGAGUGGGAGAAAUGUAUCCGCUACUUCGAGCUGUCUCUGGCAGACUGGCACUGGUGGAAAGACAAUGUUGCAAGAUGCAGAAGAACGUGUAGUAAAGAGAGUGCAAAAAGUGAGCUUUUCUCGGAGAAACUGUCUGAAGAUGAGAGGUUUUAUGAGCGAGCAGUUCGUAACACUCUCUGUGUAGUGAAUUGCAAGAAGAGUGCAUUUGGAUCACGAAUGGAUCGGAUAAUUGAGGGAGUGAUGAAAGAAAAUUUUGAGUUACGGAAACCAUAUGACUAUCUUCAGUUGUGUUACUUUAAAAUGGACAAGUUGAAGGAGGCAGCAGAUGCAGCAGCCACAGUUUUAGCUGUGGAGCCAAACCACGAGGUCAUGAAGACCAACCUCAAGUAUUACCUUGCUGAAGGUAAUUUUGCUGCUUCAGAGGUUAACAACUUGGAGCUUCAGGAAUAUGGUAAAGAAUACAUAAAGGGGAAUGUGGCUUAUAAUAAUGGGGAUUAUAAGGCAACUGUUGCUCACAUGGAAAAAAGUCUCGCUCUCUUCUAUGAUGCAUUUGAAGUGUGUCAUCAUUUGUGUGAUAACCCAUUUGAUCAAGGCUGGUUCCCUGAUUUCAUUGCUUCACUUGCAAACCACUACACUUUCACUCUCCGCUGUAAACGACGAUGUAGCUGGCGGCUCAGCAAUCUCUUUGGGGAAAUUAUGGAUGACUUCUUCUCUUCUUAUUUCAAUUAUUUACAAUAUUCUUAUUAUCAAGUAGGUGAUGUUAAGAAAGCUUGUGAAGCCGUAGAAACAGCUCUUGCUGUAAAUCCUAACGAUGAAGUACAGAUACGAAAUAAGCAGUUCUACGUUACAGAGGAAGGAGUGAAGGAUGACUACUUUAUUCCUAGGAAGAAUGCUGUUGCCUUUAUGAAGAUUCAAGAAUUUGAAGAGCAGCUCAUGCAGUUCAUCGAUACCAGUUUUAUAUCCGUGAAUGAUGAUGCCUUCUUGGAUGAAGAUGAUGAUGAUAUUGAGCUUUCAUCUGACACACCAAAAAACAAAAAAUCUCAAUCUUUGAUGCAGCAGAUAUCAGAAAAAGCUCGAGCCUUACGUAAACGAGCUGUGGCUCAAUUCAAGAGUGUGUCACAGAUGGGGAUUCGUGUGGUGCAGACGGAAAAAGAGCUUGGUGGAGAAGGGAGGAUGGUUGCAGACGGCUUUGCAACACCCAUUGAAUGUUUGGUGUUAACUGAACUAACUAAGAUAGCAGCAAUUGAGGGAGAUGGAUAUAAACAAAAUUCUUCUCCACAUACACAAUCUGAAUAUUUUCAAGGAGUUACUCUAGGAAGGGCAGGAUUGAUGGUUCAUGCUAAGUUGAUUGCUGAAGAAGCUUUGGACUUAAUUAUAGACAUAACGAACCACUGUCGUGACUACAUGGAGAGAUACUUCAACCUAAAAGAGCCAUUAUACUUUGACUUCACUCACUUAGUCUGCCGCACUGCUAAACCAGAGAUGUCAGUAAACAGAUCAUUAACUGACCUCAGCCAUGAAGUCCAUGUUGACAACUGUAUAUUACAAGACUCUGGGGAAUGUCUUAGAAUACCACCUGCUUACACCUACAGGGACUACAGUGCUUUGUUGUACCUGAAUGAUGAGUUUGAGGGAGGUGACUUUAUCUUCACUCAUGACAGAUCAGGACUGUCACAUGAG